GCAAAUGCAACAACAGCUUCGCUAUAGUACCGACUGCCGACUGCCGACUGGUACAGCAAAGUUUGGAGGGGCAAAGAGAGAUGGUAAGGAAGAGGCUGCUGUUGCUGCUGAAACCAUUAGACGUCUACCCCGUUCGAAGAUCGAACGGCCUUUCUCGCUUCACGAACCCUCGGAUUAUACAUCAUCUGGAUAACAGGCGCAAGGUUCACAAGGAUGCUAUAGACUUCUGCCAGAGGAUUUUGCGACAAAAAUCAGUUGAUUGGGAACCUGUAUUUCGUAAUAAUUUAACAAAAUCGAUUCACGAUGUAGAUUUGGUGGUGACUGUUGGUGGUGAUGGCACUCUUUUACAGGCUAGCCACUUUAUGGAUGAUUCAGUUCCAGUUCUAGGCGUGAAUUCUGACCCAACACAAAUUGAAGAGGUCGGAGAAAUUGGUAGCGAGUUUAAUGCUACUAGAAGCACUGGUUAUUUGUGUGCAGCAACCAUCAGAAACUUUGAACAAGUACUAGAUGAUGUCUUGGAGGACCGAGCUUUUCCUUCCAAAUUGACAAGAAUAUCAAUAUGCAUAAAUUCACAGCGUUUGUCCACAUAUGCUCUCAAUGACAUUUUGAUAGCUCACCCGUGUCCAGCAGCAGUUUCUCGGCUAUCAUUCAAAAUUAGAGGGGAUAGACAGCCUUGCUCUCCAUUGGUGAACUGCCGAUCAAGUGGUCUUCGAGUCUGCACUGCUGCUGGAUCAACAGCUGCAAUGAUCUCAGCAGGUGGAUUUGCAAUGCCUAUUUUAUCUCAGGAUCUACAAUAUAUGGUGAGGGAGCCAAUUUCACCUGGUAUGAGGAACUCAAGCUUAACGCAUGGCCUAAUAAAAUACAACCAGUACAUGGAUACUACAUGGUUCUCUGAAGAGGGUAGAAUAUAUAUUGAUGGUUCUCAUGUCUUCCAUGCGAUCCAAGAUGAGGAUAGCAUUGAAGUGUCUUCAAAAGCUCCAGUUCUGCAAGUUUUCUUGCCAGACCAUUUGCUGCUGUAAUGAAGUAUCGGGAGCUUUUUCUGCUAGGUUCUCCCGGUGCUAAAAUGCAACGGGAUUUAGGUAGGAGUUUAUCUCGGUGGAUGUUGUAAAUAGCAAAUGGAUAUAUAGAUGUAGAUUCUAUAAUUACAUGAUAAAUUUUGUUUU